AUGGGCUACAAGGGAGCGAGGAAGCACCUCAAGCGCUUGAAUGCGCCGUCAGCGCUCAUGCUCGACAAGCUCGGCGGUACCUAUGCACCCCGAGCCUCGCCCGGUCCUCACAAACUGAGAGAAGCGAUGCCGAUGUCUGUCUUUUUGCGAAACCGACUCAAAUACGCUUUGACUGGACGAGAGGUGACGCUCAUCGUCGCCCAACGACUCAUCAAGGUCGACGGCAAAGUGAGAACUGAUCCUACCUACCCGACCGGCUUCAUGGACGUUGUGUCCAUCGAAAAGUCUGGCGAACACUUCCGAAUCCUGUACGAUGUCAAGGGUCGCUUCGCUAUCCAUCGCAUCACCGCCGAGGAAGCGCAAUACAAACUCUGCAAGGUCAAGAAGGUCCAGCUAGGCGCAAAGGGUGUCCCCUAUCUCGUCACUCACGACGGCCGAACGAUCCGCUACCCUGACCCGGCCAUCAAGGUCAACGACUCGAUCAAGCUCGUCCUGCCAGACACGAUCAACCCAGCCGCGACGCACUCCGGUGCUGCUUCUGCCGUCGCAACAGUCCACAAGAUUGACGGCCACAUCAAGUUUGAAGUCGGCAACCUCGUCAUGUGCACCGGCGGUCGCAACAUGGGUCGCGCAGGCGUCAUCGUCCACCGGGAGCGUCACAUGGGCGGAUUCGACAUUGUUCACGUGAGAGACUCGAUGGACCACACCUUCUCGACCCGUCUGGGCAACGUCUUCCUCGUCGGUGAGGGCUCAAAGGCAUGGGUCAGCCUGCCCAAGGGCAAGGGCAUCAAGCUCUCGAUCGCAGAGGAGCGUGAUCAGCGACGCAAGCAACGUGAGAAGGAGCGCGCUUGA